AUGCAUGCCCUGGUCGAGUGGACGGAUGAAGAGAAGGUCAGCACCAUUACCCUUUCUCGCAUCAAGGAACCAAGGAAGGACUUUUGCGAUUAUAAAGUCGGUGAUAUCGUGCAGGCCAGCUGCCAUGGCUUCCCUGGCGUGCAUCCAGCCAAGAUCCUAGCCAUAAGAGGUUCCACAACAGAUGGGAAGAAGCAGUUGGAGAAGAUGGCCGAAGACUACAUUGCAGAAAAGAACCAAGUUCCAACAGAGAGGGGUGCUACCAAGAAGGGACGGAAAAGUACAGUAAAGAAAGAUGAUCCAGUCAAAAAGGCAAAGAGUCAGGAGAACAAAGAAAACAAAGCAGAAAGAGAAAAAAAGAGGGAAGAGAAUAAGAAGAAAAGAGAGAUUGGCCUGAAGAAGAAUGCAGAGUUUCUACAAUCUCUUCAAGUCUUUAAGAAUCAGACCCCUUCCACAAAUCAACAGGAUCAGUCAUCUCAGCAUCACCCUCAGACUCAGUUCCCAUCUCCACAACACUCGAACAACAAUAUUAACCAACCAGCUCCAUCUCUAAAUCAGACGUACCAUCCAUUUCGACCCAACAAUGGACAGCAGCUACUGCCUCUAGAUGGUCCAAGCCCUUCUCAUCAACAGUUUCAUUCACACCAUGAGAACUCUCAACAGCAUUUUCAACCAAACCUCUGCUACCCACAGCAGCAGCAAUUCCAUGGACAGAACCAGGGCACCCCACACCAGCAACAGUUCCACUCAGGCAUGCCACACCAGCAACAGUUCCACCAGGGCUCACCACACCAGCAACAGUUCCACCCAGGCACACCACAACAGCAACAGUUCCACCAGGGCAUGCCACACCAGCAACAGUUCCACCAGGGCACGCCACACCAGCAACAGUUCCAACAGGGCACGCCACACCAGCAACAGUUCAAACAGGGCACGCCACACCAGCAACAGUUCCACCAGGGCACGCCACACCAGCAACAGUUCCACCAGGGCACGCCAUCCCAGCAACAGUUCCACCAGGGAACGCCACACCAGCAACAGUUCCACCAGAAUGGGGGCACCUUCCAUCAGCAACAAACCGAUCAGCAUCAUGACUUAGCCAAGCAACAACCAUCAGCUGAUGCCCAAACCCUCAGUUCACAAAAAGACAAAGUCAACAGUCAACAGCAGCAUCCCAACAACGUCCAGGCCAACUGUCUACCAGAGCUGCACUCUGAUUCAGACUCCGAUGCAACUCCAAUACAGCCCCGCUUUAGACGUUUUGGACAGCCACCAGAUCACCAGUCAAAUCCAGUUGACACCAAUCAAGGAAAACAAGAGAGACAACUACCAAAGAAGAAGUCAGCCACAUGCCUUUCCUUUACUGAGAUUCCAGGGAUGUCUGAGGAAAUUUCCAGGGGAAACCAGAUACUGGACGAGUUCCUAGAAAACACAGCUGACAAUACAGAUGAGUUUGGGGAACCUGACACUAUGCAGUGUGAUUGCUGCAAGGCUGCUUUAAAGGAAAAGGAGAGGGAGCUAGAGGAGGUGAAAAGACAGCUGUUCCAAGCUAGGGAGGAACUUGAGCAACAGAAAACGUCUAAUGGCAUGCAGUUGACAACUGGUGAAUGGAAUACCCAGAAAGAUGGAUAUCCCAGAGCAGGACGUGUCCCAAAGGAGAUAGCAGAGAACCAUAGUAUGAUGGAGCUAAUGCCUGGUAGUGGGAUCUACGUUUACCCAAAAGAUGUGCGGGCCCUCAACAAAAAAACCAGUGGAACUGGAAUGGCACGUUACCUGAUGUCUGUGUUUUACACAAAUGAAGAGCUUGUGAGGCGAGGAAACCUAACAGGUGCCAAUGGAAAAGAAGGAUUGGACAAGUCCAUUUUGAAGACUAUUGUUGACUAUGCUGUUGUUAAGGGAAGAGAUUGUGAGUCCAAUGUCAAGUUUUCGAUGAGGACGAAGAUCAGUUCCCUGGUCAGCCUACAGAACAGGAAACAGACCUGCCUUUCCUGAUUGCUUCCAAUCCGUAAUGUGAUAUCCUUCCAUGACAUUAACUUUUUUCCUUAAAAUAAUAUGAUAGUGAAUUCACUUCAUUAGGAUGCUGAUGGCUGUCCAUAUUGAAUGCGUAGCCAAUGUUUAAUGUGAUAUCUGACUUAUGAUGAAUUUCCUAUGUGGGUAUAUUUUUCAUCCAAUGUUUGAUGUUAUAUGAGAAUUAUGAUGAAUUUCCUACUAUGUGGGUAUAUUUAUCAUCCAAUGUUUAAUAUGAUAUGAGAAUUAUGAUGAAUUUCCUACUAUGUGGGUAUAUUUAUCAUCCAAUGUUUGAUGUGAUAUGAGAAUUAUGAUGAAUUUCCUAUGUGGGUAUAUUUAUCAUCCAAUGUUGAAUGUGAUACGAAACUUGCAAUGAAUUUCCUUAGUGGUUCUAUUUAUUUUCCAAUGUUUAAUGUGAUAUCGGACUCCCUCCAUAAGAAUGCUGUCCAUUUAUUAAAAGAAUUGUGAUAUGGAACAACUUUCAUAUGGAUAUUUAUUGUUCAUUUUUAAUGUGAUAACGUGUGUACAAUGAGAAGUUAUAUUUUGUUAAUGGAUUUUAAAGAAAAAAAUUUGUUCCAAACACUUUAUUAAAGAUUUUAAUUAUAUCAACAAUAGUCGCUGUAUUUAAUAUGUUACAUAACAACAAACAGUUCCUGUACAUAAUUUGUUAUUUAUUAUCCAUUUAAUUUAAUGGUUGUUGAAAUGUGUGCUUUUGUACAGAAA